UCCAACCUGUUACUCCGUUCAUCUCACAUUCGAGGUGUGGCUUCAGCGAACAGGUGCCUACAAACUCCAUCGCCAGCUGGAAAGAGGAAUUCACAGGACGCUUUCAUACGACGUGUUUCUUUUUUUUAGGCCUUCACAUAGCCUGUUAUUUUGCGGGCGAUUACUUGAGUUGAUUUUUAGUACGUCUCUUUAGAAACCCGCGACUUGGGCUACAGCCACGUUUUAUAUACGAUACGUUUCUGAAGAUCUUUACAUCUACAACUUGGUAUAUAGGUGGUCCCGUGCGUUUGAGGUCAAAUUAAUUUUCCUCGUUUGCGCAUCGGUUUAAUAUCAUGGCGAAUAAAAGUUUGCAACUUUUGGGAUUUGUCCUUUCGCUGCUUGGCGUGGUUGGUCUCUUGGCUGGCACAAUAAUGCCCCAGUGGCAGAUGUCCGCUUACGUGGGGGACAAUAUCAUUACGGCGGUGGCGAUGUACCAAGGCCUGUGGAUGUCGUGCGCCUACCAGAGCACGGGACAGAUGCAAUGCAAAGUCUACGACUCUAUGCUUCAGCUCAACAGUGCUCUCCAGGCCACACGGGCCCUGAUGGUCGUGAGCCUGCUCUUGUCGUUCGCGGGACUCGGUGUGGCCACCAUGGGCAUGAAGUGCACAAACUGUGGCUCGGCUGACAAAACGAAGAGGUCCCGCAUUUCCAUAACUGGAGGGAUCAUCAUCCUCGUGGGUGCGCUCUGUGCCAUCAUCGCCUGUUCCUGGAUCUCCCAGCAGGUCAUCAGAGACUUCUACAGCCCUCUCACUCCAGUCAACACAAAGUAUGAAUUCGGGGCGGCCAUUUUUGUGGCGUGGGCCGGUGCCUUCCUGGAUGUUAUAGGUGGCGGCCUGCUGGCAGCCUCCUGCUCCCGGACCAAGUCCAACCCCCAAUACCCAACCAAGAUGCGCCCCCCUAGCAGCACCAAGGAGUACGUUUGAGUGCCCCUUGGUGGCUGGUUUUAAGGUGGUCGCAUGUUUCAGGGUGCUGGUAGACGUUUUUCCUGUACAGCUGAUCUGAGACUAGUGUUGUGUUGUUUGGUUUUACAGCAAUCCAUGAGGUAAAGGCAAGGUUCUAUUAGUGUACCAGGGCAUCUUCUACUCAGAGGUGGCCUGCCUUGGCCAAUCCCUGCCCCCUUCCCCUCUAUUUUUUUUUUAAAUUUUUUUUAAAAUAAAAACUGUUACUUUAAGUGCCUUUUUAUUAGAGUUUAAUUUACCAUAAGCCCUCUGUAAUUGGCAUAUAGUAGGAGGAGACAUCGUUGUGGGAGUCACGGAACGUUUACUGGUUUAACCUCAGAAGGGUGUGGAAGGAGGAGAGAGCUGGUCAUGGAGAACUGUGCAUCUGCCUUCUCCCUUCUUCCCAGUUACUGUUCGUCGGUGCCUCUUUCACAGUCCUGCAGUAACGUUCUGCAUCUCCUUAAGCCAGAGGGUCCUCUCAGGAGGCUGGCACCUAUACCAAAUGUGAAGACUCCCAGCGAGGGGCAGUUAAAACGCAACUCCAUUUAUAGGAAAGUGAGAAUACCGAGGGCUUUUUCAUGCCUGUGCAGUGUGGAACAAUUUGCAUCCAACUUUGUGACCCCUCCCUUAAGCCCUAGGAAUGAAGAAGCAGAAAGGUAUACGGUUGUAGCUAGUUUCACCACCCUCUAGAACAAAGAUCUGUUUUUGUCAUGCUUAUUUGCUAUUUAAUGCCUUGCCUUCUUGGGUCUGAGCAAUGACUCAUUUUUAUUGUAAACAUGUUAGGUCAUAUGUACAUAUUACUCACUUCUUGCUGUAUCCAAUCGGGCUUUUUCAUAUCUUUUUAAAAUUAUUUUAUUCAAUGAAUUUUAAUGUAAAUAAACAGAUGAA